UUUCUAUAGGAUAUCUUGUGAGAUCCAAUAAUGGAGAUAGUAGAUAAGUACCUAUGUAAAUACAAAGGAUUUUACUUUGUACAAAACCAGACCUCAGCUGAAAAUAUCGAUUCAAUAGAAAGUUUUGAAAUCCAAGAUGAUGAUAUAUUUAUAAUCACCUAUCCUAAAUCUGGCACAGUGUGGACUCAGAACAUUGUGAGCUUGAUUUUGUAUGAAAGUCAUCGAGAUGGAACUGAAAAUAUUACCCUGAUUGACAGAAUACCAUGGCUAGAGUAUAAUAUUUUCCAGGUAGAUUUAACUAGUCGCCCAUCACCUCGUGUCACUUGCUCCCAUCUGCCCUACUAUUUGGUACCCAAAGGAUUACGAAAUAAAAGAGCAAAGAUUAUUUAUGUGUAUAGAAAUCCAAAGGAUAUCUUGGUUUCUAUGUAUCAUUUUCACAAAAUUUCAGUCACAUUAGAAACUCCAAAAGACUUUGAUACAUUCUUGGAGAAGUUUUUGGCUGGCAAAGUGGGCAAUAGUUUGUGGCUAGACCAUAUAGAAGGCUGGUGCACUCAUAAGGAUGAUUUCAAUAUUCUCUUCCUUUCUUAUGAAGAAAUGAAAAAGGUAAGUUGGAUCCAUGUCAUGUAG